CAGGUGUGGUGCUAAAACAAGAGCUGUAACCCCAUUAAGACAACGAUGUAGAGCAGCCAAGCGAUGAAAAACUUUAACUUGAGGCGAACUGUAUUCUAGAAACAGCCUCCAAUGUUAAUACUGUCGCGUUCAUCUGGUGCUGUAUAAACUGUUCUCGGAGGUCAAGCAUCUUUCUUGUCCUGCUACAGGCUCCUACACCUUGCAAAUGGGGCUGUUGAAUGGUUGUACCAGCAUUCAGCGCUCUUAUUUAUUAUUACUUUUUGCUUUACUGUGCUUGCGUCUGUAUGACGCUGUCCUGCCCAUAUCAAUUCGCCCUUUACGACUGCCACUGUCCUGACAUGCCAUCAUACCGUCUUAGGUAUCAUGGACAAGAUGGAGGACUUCCAGAGUUUGUUCAUGAGUUGUGGACAGAUGAUGUUCCCCAAAAGGCUAGUUCUUCAAGGCUCCGAGGGUGAGGUUAUCUCGACUGUUUUCCAGUCUGCCCAAGAUAUCCUCACUCAGCCGUUCCUGUCAUUUAAGGUUGCUUUCGGGUGGAAGUUAACCGAAGCCGUAUUCCAACCUGUUGGAUACUGGGGACCCUACUACCAGUACAAUCUGGUUACAACUGUCCCAUCUGUAGCAGAGACAGGAUUUACGUCUUCCGACAUGCCGUUCUCUGUGGUGGUGGAGGGCUACCAAGGAAUACUGUGCCAGACGCUACAAAUUGGUGUUUUUCGAUACAAUCUUGACGUUACUUCCUCUUUCCUAGGCGUCCAAGCCAUCUUCGGCAAAUUGGGUAACAAGGACAGUGUUAAAAGACACGCUGAGGAAUGUCCUCAUGACCUUGAGAGGUACCCUGGCACGAAGGCACUAUACAGAGCUGUAUAUAGACCACCUAUUCCGCCUUUAUCUACCACGGAUCCGGUUACCAUCAGUGGACGAGAAUGCCUACCCAUCGUACAGGCUUGGCUUGAGGAGAGCAUGGCUCUUGGGAAUGAUGCUCAGGAACAUUUGGAGACAGAAUCUCUCAAGUUAACUGGGCGUUCUGAGGAUGGGUUCAUGGGGGUUGACGGAUGUCAGAUAGCUUCACGGCCAAACAAUGUUGCUGGUCUGCAGGUUUCAGAUUCAGCGACCUCGACAAAUAAAGCCGAUAGGAAGAGGGCUAAGCGAACGGGGAGGCCGACAAGAAGUAUCCCCCGCUCGGUGAUCAUCGAUGGCAUAUCGUCAAUGACCCGUGACUGGAGCGCCAAUGAGAUAAAUUAUUCAAGACGGGUAGUUUACGUGUCGGAAGUUGUGCAGGAGAACACGAGGAAAGUUGUGUUGUCACCAAUUACGCAAGACAAAUGGCGGCCUAAUACUAAGUGCAUCAGUUGCAUAUAUUGGAGAGAGCAGCAUGAGCACUAUAUUACAAGCGUCGACGUGCUUUUGCUUUUAGAAGUUGUCAGUGGACUGAGCUUUGCAGCAGCUGACAGGAUUAGGAUACGGCGGACAUUGGAGCGAUUCAAGCCUAUUACUAUCAAUCGAAAAGAGCGAGAUUCCUGGACGGACGAGAUUUCGAGGCUGAUCCUCAACUUACCGGCCCCUAAACCAAUGAUAAUCCAAAAAAGCACAAAGAUCUUCAAGUGGAGAACACUGGAAACCAUUCUGAGUCGUGUGGUGGGCUAGCAAGCAGAAACA